CGGUCGACUCCCCCCUCACCAUGACAACAGCAUUUAUCUAGCAUCGUCAGCAGACUGACCGUUAGCUCCUCCGCUCAGGAUUGAACAACCAAUAUUGUGUAAAAUAUCGUGUUUUCAUGAAUAUAACGGAGAUAUAUUUGAUGUAGGAGGGCUUUCUCUGCUGUGUGGAUGCGUGGGAGACCAGCCGGAGGCAGAAGAGGAAGACGCCGUUUAUCUGCGUGAACAACAUGGCUCUCCUUCAGCAUCCCCGGCUGCUGCUGCUGUUGACCGCGGUGACACUUAUCGACACUCGGUCUUUGCCGAUAUCGGAUUUAAAAUCAAGAAUAUCAGGCGUGGAGGACCUGCUGGAGGAAUUCCGCAAGCAGCUCCAGCAGGACCAGACAGGGUACAGGGCAGGCGAUGUGAUUGACUCCUGCGUGGGCGACUUCAACGCCGUCGGGGAGCGCAUCAUCCGAGCCAAGGCCUCCAUCGAGCAGGGGGCCAGCUUCCUGUCCGCCCCGGCCACGGUGUACACCUGGAAGGACUGCCUGCACGCCUGCUGCUCCCAGCCUCACUGCACCGUGGCGGUGGUCCAGCAGGACCUGAGGCAGCCCGGGGACAGUCUCAGCUGCUACCUGUUCAACUGCACCUACAGGAAUAAAAACGUGUGCUCCUUCGCCCCGCAGCAGGGCUUCACCACGUACAGCCGGACCGCCAACACAACGGAGGGACACCUCCCUGUUUCUCCCGGCGGCUCAGCCAGGAGGCCCGGGGAAGGACAUCCCGAUGAGGAGGGCACACAAGAUGUGGAUGAGCCUCCUCGCAGUGACGCUGGACAGGAUGUGGUGAUCCAGCUGCCCACAGACUGGGCCGUCCUGGAUGGACGGGACAGCGUGGACGACCACAGGAUCGACCACUAUGAAUGGACUCUUGUUAAGGGGGACACAGCCAUCAAUAUGAAGGCGACUCACCCAGGGCUGCUGAAGAUCAGCGGUCUGCAGGAGGGAGUCUACUCCUUCCAGAUGACCGUCACAGACACAGCGGGCCAGAAGAGCUCUGACAACGUCUCUGUCACUGUGCUGGCACCAAAACACCAAGCAGAAGUGUGCACAGGUCACUGUUCGAAGUACCAGUUCCGGUGUGAUGACGGUUGCUGUAUUGACAUCACCUACGCUUGUGAUGGGAAGCAACAUUGUUCAGACCGCUCUGAUGAAGACUUCUGCCCAAAAUUUGACAGCAACAGGAAGUCAGUGACCCACGCCUCUGAUCUGUCAAGCCCUCAUCGGCCUGUAGCGCAGACAGACGAGGCAGAGGACGACGUCAUGCUCCGGAGUGGGCAAAGGAAUACCGUACAGAGCAUUGUACCACCUCAGGACAGGAGCAAGACUGUUCCUCCACAAAGUCCCAGUCAGCAGGAGGAUUCAGCCAGUCAAGAUCCAUGUGCUGCGGCGCCAGUUGUCGGACCCUGUAAAGCCGCUUUUCCACGCUGGUACUACGACCAAAAUGCAGGAGCAUGCAAACACUUCCUGUAUGGCGGAUGCCAGGGCAACCACAACAACUUCCUCCAGGAAUCUGACUGUGUCAGUGAAUGUAUACAAAAAAGUCCAGCGUUCAAGCCAGCAACUGUAGCUCCUCCAAUCACCAAACAGACUGAGAUAGCUGCCCCUAAGGUCUCCCAGAGCCAAUCAGAAAACGACCUCCCCGUCUCCAAACCGUUUCCAGUACUAGGAGGUCAUCCAGGACCGGAGUCAGGUGCGAUCCUCCCUCUGGCUCUCGGCCUCAUCAUCACCGCCCUGCUGCUGCUCAUGAUCGGCUGUCGUCUCAGACUUGUUCGACACAAGAUGAAGAAAGCCCGUCCUCUCACCACGGAGGAGUCAGAUUACCUCAUCAACGGCAUGUACCUGUAGCCACACAGCCAGGGGCAGCAAACACAAGAGAUCUGAGAAACAUGGGCGAGCCUGAGCCAGGACUUAUUCAAUUUGCACUCUAAGUUUCUUGCAGCCCGGUGUCUGUAAUCUGUCCUCACUUCAGGGUGGAAACAUCCCAACCCUCUGCUGUCAUGAACGUUUCUGAUCAUCAACACACUAAACCCCUCUGACUGGUAAAUCCGCUGCUGACAUGCUGCCUUUAAAGCCACUGACACAUACUCAGAUGCUUGUGAAUUCAUACAUAUAUGUUGUUUUAAGAAAAUAUCAUUGUGUCCAAUGAAGAGUUGAUAUUCCUUGUUUAAUACUGAUAUACAGCUACCUACGUUCCCCUAAUGACUUCUGAGAUACAUACAGUACAAGAGACUGUUUUUCCCCUUUAUUACAGUGAAUUUUAUUACUAAAAAAUAAGUUGCUUUGAUGCCAAACAUUUUUGUUUUCUGUCCCCACUAGUGCAACACAAAAAUAUUGUUGUAUUUUGUGCCACUAGGUGGCGCUAAUGUGGCAUGUUUGUGUUGUACAUUUUACUUAAUUUGCCUGAAGGGAAGAAGUGUUACUCAUUGGAGUGCCUGUUGUAGUGCACUUUUCUUUUCUUUUUUUGACUGAGUAGGAAUCAGCACCAAAUUAUUUGAAAGUAUUUCUCUGGAUCAUAUAAAGCCAUAGCAAAUUAUAUCCAUCCGAAUCAAUUAUUGUCUCAAUUUUGGUGCCUAUUUUUAUUUACUAAGCAAACUUAUGUGGAGUAUAUAAUAUAUUUGAGCACAUGUAUUCCCUUAAAGUGCUGUCUUUCAUGUGAGAUUAAAGUUUAUUAUAAAUCAAAAA